CAGCAUUCAUCAGCUUCCCGACCUUUCUGUAACGGGAGAGGGCUCAGAGCAGCCACCACGCCAAUCCACCUCCGGCCGGGCGCUCGUCCCUACCUUUCCCCGAGGCUCCUCCUUCGGCGCCCUUGCUCCCUCCGACACCCCCUCGCCACCCGCCGCACCACCGGCAUCAUCAGCCCUGAACACCUCCCCACCACCUCUCACCCCAACACCCGUCUGCAGCAGCGUCAUUCCCAGCCGCAUCGCACAUCAUUCCAGCCCCGGCUUCCAGUUCGAGGACAGCGCCACCCCCGCAACCACAGCUCCCCGCUCCGCCGCCGCUGCCGCAACAACAACACCCACCCGCCAGGCUCGCCGCUCCUCCGUCUGCACACCCUCCGGUAACAGCCCGGGCUUGCCAAACAACCUGGGCACCCCCGGUUGCUCCAACCUCAUGGCGUCCACUGAGCCCCACAGCUCCGGAUCCAACCUUCGUCGUACGCCGUCCCUCAUGCACGGCAUGAGUAUGGGUGACGGCCGAUGCUCUCAACAGAACCAGCAGCAGCAGCAACACCAGCAGCAGCACCAGCCUCUCGCCGUCUCCUCGCCCUCCCGAGCCUCCUCCUCCUGCCUGCCCCUCAGCGGCCCGCUACCGCAACCCCUCUUCCUAGCACAACCCCCCCAGCCUCAUCCGCUGUCGCCCCGUAACGCACACAACUCGCAGCUGCAUCAGCUAGGUCAGGAGUACGACCGCAGUGCAACCGCCAUCUCCGCAACCGCAACCAUCAUAACGGCCGCAAGCGGCGGGCCCGGCGGCUCACCCGUACACCAGCAGCAACACCACCACCACCAACCACACCAGCACCAGCAGCAGGUGCCCUCUCGCGGCACAGCUCUCAGCGGGGGACCCAGUGGGCUGCUGCGUUCUUCCCGCUUCGGAAACACAGCUACUGGUAUGGCCGGCGGAGGAGGCGUCAGCUCCCGACGCCUUUCCAUGCUGGUCACCGACAUGCC